AUGGCCGCUAAGAUGAUGAUCGUCCUCGCCCUGGCCGCGGCCACCUCCGCCUUGCCCGUGCUGCAAUACGCCGAGCCUGAAGCCCCUGCCCACUACGAGUUCCAAUACUCCGUACACGACGAGCACAGCGCGGACGUGAAGCAGCAACAAGAAUCUCGCGCGGGAGACGCUGUGCACGGUUCCUACUCCCUCGUGCAGCCUGACGGAGUGCACCGCAUCGUGGACUACACCGCCGACAAGGAGCACGGGUUCAACGCCGUCGUACGCUACGAGGGCACUCCCAUCGCCGCCCCCGUCAAGGUCGCCCACGCCGCUCCCGUCGCCAAGCUCGCCUACGCCGCUCCCGUUGCCAAGGUGGCCUACUCUGCCCCCGUCGCCUACUCCGCCUACUCCGCCCCUGUUACCAAAGUAGCCUACGCCGCUCCCCUCGCACACGUCAGCUACUCAUCUCCGAUCAUCUCCUACCAACAC